UCAAAUAGAUAUAUAAAAAUGACAAUAUUUAUUUAUGUUGCAUAAUUUUUUUUUUCCUGCAUAUUUAAUUGUUUAAAAAAAAAAAUGGAAAUAAUGCGUUACUCCACCUGUGUUUCUAAGAAAUUUCAUGAUAUACCACAUGAGUCAUUCAAUCAUGAUAUUUCUAUAAUUUAGUCUUUAAAAAAUUUCGAAAUAAUAUUUGAUAGAAAAAAAUAAUAACGAGUUAAUUAUUGAAAAUUAAUAGGACGUUAAUUUCAAAUAAUUUUAUAAUGAAAAUAAGUAAAUUAGUGGGCAAUUGAAUAUUGAACGAUGACUCAAAUUUUUUUUUUUAUUUAGGGUUGAAUAGGGAAAAUUUUUAUUGAUCAAUAAGCACAUGAUGGGGAGCAAUGGGGAGGGUUGUACUAGCGCUGUCUGGUGUAUGUAGCAACUACAUAUUCUUCCCUAGUGUUGUGACACCUCACUCGUGUGUGUAAGAAAUAAAAAAAUAAAAAAAAUAACACACCCGUAUUUCAUUUUACUACCCCUCAAUUGAUACCAUCACUUUUAGUUUCAUUACAACUUUAAAUGAUAAUAUAAUAAAUAAAAAAUAUAAUAAUUAACAAAAUUUAUUUAGCAAUAAUAAAAGUGUUAAUAAAAAAAUUUAAAUUGUUUAUUUUUAAUAAUUUAAAAUUACUAUAAAACGUUUAUUAUUGUGAUCAAAGUGUUGAGUGAAUUACUACAGAUUUUAUAGAAAAAAAAAAACUACGAUAAAUGUUGUUUGUGUUAAUAAUAGCUAUUGAAAUUUAUUGCAAUUUUAAUUAUUUAUUCAAUGUUCUAAAAGAGGAUUAAAAAAUAUAAAUAAAUAAAUUUAUAUAAUUGUUUUUAUUUAAGUUCAUUAAAUAUACAUUUGUAUAAAUUUAAUUUCCUGAUGCAGACGUUGAGAAAAAAAAAUAGUCCAUGCAAACUAAAAAAAGAGCCAACCCGAUUUCUCGGGGAAGGCGUAUCAUUCAAGGCAAAAUUAAUCGGUAUAUUAGAGGUAUCAGAAGCACGUGGAGAUCGGAUGUGUCAAGCAGCCCUGGCUGAUUUAAAAAUGGCAAUAAGAGCAGCUGGAGAACAUAAACAACGUAUUGCUGUUCAAGUCAGUAUUGAUGGUCUUCGUUUACGAGAUGAAAAAACCGGAGAAUGUUUGUAUCAUCACCCAGUCCAUAAAAUUUCAUUCAUUGCACAGGACAUGCAUGAUUCAAGAGCAUUUGGAUAUAUAUUUGGUUCACCAGAUACAGGACAUAGAUUUUUUGGUAUCAAAACAGAUAAAGCAGCAAAUCAAGUUGUUAUUGCAAUGCGUGAUUUAUUUCAAGUUGUUUUUGAACUUAAAAAAAAAGAAAUUGAACUUGCUAAACAGCAUAUUGAUCAAAAUUCAUUGAAACUUCAUCAAAGUGGAAUUGCUGUUGAGCCACAGCCUGAUACAAAAGGUGCAUCUAGCUCAGAGUCUUGUUCAUCUCGUCAGCCACGAUUGUCAAGUAGCAAUAUAGAAAAAACAAAAAUAGAACAACCAUUAAAUCGUAAUGGUAUAAUGGCUGAUUUAUUAGAUUUACAAUUUGAAUUACAUUCAUUACAACAAGGUAUUCAUCAAAUGGAUAAAAUAACUCCAGAUAAUCCUUGUUCAAUAUCUGAAGAUCCAUUUGAACCAGAUCCAUUUGGUGAUUCAUUUAUAAAUAUUAAUGUUAAAAAUAUUGUUCAACCAAUUUUACCACCACCACCACAAACAUCAACAAAACGUGGUCAUUUAGAACAACAACAACAACAACAACAUAUUGCACCAAUUUCAUCAUCUUCAACAUCAAGUUCACCAACAGUUGUUGCAUGUGAAACUCCACCUCCAGUCAGUACACAUUGGCAUUCAGGAAAUUCAAAGAAACGUUCAAGUGACAGUGAUAAUUCAAAGAUAACAGCUAAUUUUUCUAACGAUACAGAAAUUGAAAGAUUUAAUGAGCCAAUAUCUUCAUCACAAAGUAUACGUUAUAGUCCACAAAUUCAUGUAUUUAGAGAACUUGAUCCUUUGGGAACAGGACUCAGUAAACCUUAUGUUGAUAAAAAAGAUUUUUUUCAACAUUUAAAAAAUCCACCAAAAAAAGUACUCAAAGAUUUAGGUACAACUAGUUGUGAUAAAUUUUCAGCUAGUUUUGAUGCAUCAAUUGAUUUUCUUGAUCCUAUUAAAAGUCAAAAAAAAUGUAUUGAUAUAUUUGAGACUGAAGAAUUUGCUAAUUUUGAUAAAUUUAAAGAUUCAGAUGUCGCUGUAUCUUCACAAACUCCAUCACCACCACCACCACCUACAAAUAAUUUAUCACAAAUUAUACAAAAUAAACCGUUAUCAGUUUGUUUACCACCUGAAGAAAAAACUGUUAGAAAUUUUAGAAAAACAGAAAAAGAAAUAUCUGAACCAGUUACAUCAUUAAUUCAUCUAGUUAGUCCAAAAGAACACUUGUCAAUACGUGAUAAAAAUUUGAGUAUUGAUUCAUCAUCAAAUUUUUGUUGUAAUCAUUCAGGAGAAAAAGGAUUUCCAGUUGAUUUUAGAAUUUGUAAUGAAUCACCAGCUUCACCAUUACGUUCUUGUUCAUCUGAUGCAAAUUCUCGUCUUUCAAAUUCAAGUAUUGAACUUGAUGUUGUUCCAGAACCACCACCACGUGAUUCUGGUGUUGUACUUAUUGAUCCACCUCCAUUACCACCUAAAAAACAAAGUGGUAGAAUUAAUAAUCCUCCACCAAGACCACCUGUUAAUGAGAGUCAUUUUUAUUAUGAUUUUAUUGGCUAUCAAGGAAUGACACCAUCACCAAUACGUAAAAAUUCUAAAAGUCCAGCUGCUAUUGAUAAAGAUGAUAUUUUUGAAAAUAGCUUUCGUUCUUCAUCACCACAAUCAAAUCUUUUAAGUGCAAAUAUUAAAACAGGUAUGUCAUCAUCAUCGAGAUUUGAAGAUUCAUUUGAUAAAAUAAUACCAUCAAAGAGUCCAUCAUCAUCAUUUAAAAUGUCAAGUACACCUGAAAAUAAACGAAAUCCAUCACUUGAUAUUACUCUUAGUCAAUUGACAUCAGCAAAUCUUAAUGAACUGGCUACGAGCUUGAAUAUGACUGUCACAGAAUUAACAAGUUCAACACUACAACAAUUGGCUCAGUGUCUAGCAAGACUUUCAGAAAAUAAUACACAGAAUUCCAAUCAACAGAGCCAAGAUAAAGAAUCCUCGAAAGUAUCAACAAAUCCGUCUUCUGAAUCUGACACUAAGGCGAAUUUUAAAACACCAGAAUCAUCAAAUGACAGGAUGUAUGAUAAAUAUGCUGUGUUUCGAGAACUUUUAGAAUUGGAACAGUUGAGAGAUACAAAAGCCAAGAGUCCAACUGCUGAUGAGCUUUACGAAAAGACUGGUAAUGAAAAUUUUAAAAAAUCUGAAGAUGGUGAUAUUGAUUGUCAAUUUGUAGUUAGUAAUUCAUUGUCCAAGUUUAAUGAAAAAUCUAGAUUAACUAAUGAAGUAAAAAAUGAUUCAAAGACUGAUAUUAAUGUUCAAACGUUCAGCGAUAUAAAUAUUAAUUCAACAAUUAAUACUGAAACUAUAAAUACAAAGUCAAGUGUAGUUUCAAAUAUAGUGAAUGUGGAGCAAAAUGGAAAAGAUAAAUUUUCACAGUUUAUUUCAGAAUCUGGAGUUUAUUCAAAAAGUUCAAAUGAUCGUUAUGCAGCUUUGCGUGAAAUCAAAGUUGAUGACGAUGACGUAGAGACUUUUAAACAAGAAAAAAUUGAUAAUGAUGUUGAUGAUGAUGCUGAUGAUAAUAAUGUGUAUGAUGAAAAUAAAAAAGAAGAAGAAGAAAAAGAGCAAAAAAAUGAAGAGAAGAAAAAAAUGGAAGAAAAUAAAAAAGAAGUGCAAUUUAAUGAAGAUGACGAAAAAAUAGAAAAAAAAGAUAUUGAUAUUAUUGAAGAAAUUAAACAAAAAGAAGAUGAAGAAGAUGCUGAUGAUGAUGAUGAAGAAGAGGAUGAGGAUGAAGAAGCUGAUGAUAACGAUGAUGAUGAUGAUGAUGAUGAUGACGACAAUGAGGAUGAUGAAGAUGAAGACGAUGAUGAUGAUGACGAGGAUGAAGAAGAUGAUGAGGUGGAGGAUGAUGAUGAUGAUGAUGAUGAAGAAGACGAAGUAGAAAAAGAAGAUGAAGAAAAAAAUAAUAAUAAAAAUAAUAAAGAUAAAAUUGAACAAGUUAAGGUAGACCAAGAUGAAAAAAUAAAAUUAAAAAAAGAAAAAAUAAUAGAAAAACAAGUAAAAAUAGAAAUAAAACCAAAAAAAGAAGAGUUAAAAAUACAAGAAAAAGAAACAAUUAUACAGUCAAAAAAAGAAAUUGAAGAAAAAAAAUUAAAAGUAGAAAAAAGAAAAAAAAUAAAUAAAAAAGUUAAAAUAAUACUUGAUGAUAAAAAUGAUGAAGGUUCAGUUGAUCAUAAUUUAAUUAAUUUUCUUUCAGAACCACGUUUAAUAAAACCAAAAAAAUAUGAAAAAUCUAAAAAAAAUCUUGAAUUAACAUCAUUAGAUUUUUUAACGGAAAAUUCAGAUUUUACUGGUACUGUUAGACCAUCCAAAAUGUUACCAAUUUCAUCAUGUGGUUCAAAUGAUAUUUUACUAUUGACUGACAGUAACAAUCAAAGACAAAUCAUAUCAGAAGACGAUUAUAGUUGGGCAAAAUUUGAAACAAACGAAUCAAAUUCCAACAAAAAUCUUUAUAUAAAUAAAAAUUCAUUUAGUGGCACAUCUCCAUGGUCACCUGAUGAAAAAGAAAUAAUAACUAAACAGCCGCGAAGAGAUAGUUUAAAUAGACGCCCAAGUUAUAGUGAAAAUGAAUGGCACGAUGUUGAAGAAAUAAAAUUUGACAAUCCUGGACUAAAAAAUGAGACAUUUCCACAUAGAAAUCCUCGUUUGAAUACUAAAUGUGAAGACAUGAAUUAUUUUAAUGAUCCAGAUGAUCGACAUGUAUGGGAAAGAUCAAAAAGAAAACCUAGAAACAUCAUUGGAACAAAAGGAGAUAAUUAUCCACAAAAAAUGGGUCCAUCAUCUUGGAACGAGGAUAAAUAUCGUAAACAUGAAAAUCGUAGAGAUCCACCAAGACAAGUACUGUACGUAGAUGACGAAGAAAAUCCAAGAUGGAAACGUAGAAAUAGUCUUAAAAAAGCUUGGAUAAGAGAUAGAGAUCCUCACAGAGUUCAUGAGCCUCAGUUGUAUGAUGAAGAUGUUAAACGUCGAGUAGCACCAUCACGUACAAAAGAUGAUCGAGAAAGUUUUAGUAGCCAAGAAAGUAUGGAAUAUGAUGAUGAAGAAAGAUGGUACAGACGUGAAUAUGAUCGUCGAAGAUGGGAAGAAGACAGAAGAUUUUGGAAUAGACGUUCUGAUGAUGAUUAUUCUGUACCAAGAAAAUUUAAUAUUCAUGGUUCUCGAGAUGGUAGAGAACGUUCUAUGGAUAUGUCAACUGGUUGGGACGAUGAAUAUGGAGUAAAACGACAAAAUAGUUGUUUAAAAUAUUCAACUGGUAAAAGAAAUUGGCCACAGCGACCAAGUAGUUCUACUGAUGAUCGAAAUAUUGAAGCUAUCUAUGGUGAGCCUCGUGUUAUGUACAGGGUAUCAAGAUCUGAUUGUAGUGAAGAUUCUGAACUUUAUCAUCAUUUUAAUAGAUCAAGAAAUAAAGAUUAUUAUUGGGAAAGUGAUCAAGAAUUUGAUAAUAAAAUUAAUCGUUCGUAUAGAUCAGAAAGACCUGAUGCUGAAGUUGAAUAUGUACAAUGUAAUAGAACAAAUAGAAAUACUUUGUCAGGACCUAAAAGUCAAAGUUCACCAUUUGAAGAUGAUUUUACACAAGUCACUGAGCAUCGUUCAAUGGAUUCAUUAGAUCGUGAAUGUAUGCUACAAUCUGCUAUUCCAACACAACGUUCUAUGAGUCCAAUUGCCAUUGAAGAUGAUACAAAACAAUAUACAAAAAAAUUUGAACGUGCAAAUUGUUUUCAAGAUGAUUUUCGACAAAGUGUAACUAGUAAUGUUUCAGAAAAAAGAAUUUUAAUAUCUGAAACAAAGCCAAAUAAAGAAGAUACAGUUGGUCAUACUGAAAAUUUAACGUCUGUUGAUAGUUUCGAUUCUGAUGAUGGUAGAGAUUUUUUUCCAAAUACAAUUCCAAGGUUUGAUGAUGAUGAUGCUUUUGCAUUUAAAGCUGAUAGUGCAUUAAAUUCAUCAUCAGGUUUGAUGAAAGAUCAAAGACAAAUUACAUAUGGCAAUAACAAAAUGAAAGAUAAUAAUAUUAAAAAAUCUGAAUCAGUUAAUAUAUUUGCUAGAAAAAAUGAUCCAUUUGAUAAUGAUGAUUUCUUCAAUUGAAAAAAAUAUAUAAAUUAAUUUUAAUAGGUCAGAGUACUGGUCAUUGGGCUAAAUAGAUUUUAAAUCAAUUAUGAAAAUCAAAGUCAAAUUAAUUAUGACAGUAAGGCUUUGCCGUGUCCAAAUAAAAUAUAAAAAUGUAAUUAGGUAGCUUAACAAGCACUUGAUUUAACAAGCAACGAGUUUACCAGAAAAUAUUAACAGUAUUUAUAUUUAAUAUAAAUUGACAAACACCAAAAUAUUUACAAUGUGCAGUUGAAUUAAAAAUGACUUCUUACUUCUAACUCUGGGAAUCAAAAUAUCUCAAUUUUCUAAAAAUGUAUGUAAUGUUUUUUUUUUGUUUGAUGAAUUAGACAAAUAACUUAGUCCAAAAAAAUAAAAUUGCUGCAUUGAUUUAAUGAUUGUGAAUCAUGACUUGAUGGCAAAUGGCAAUAUUAAAAUUUAUACGUAAAUCAAAUUUACAGGGAUUUGUCCACGUAAUGCAAUGCAGCAUAAUUAAAAUGUUAUUUUAUAUUUGUGAUUUUAAAAAAAUACAAACAGGAUAUGGGACCUGUGGUUGUAGUCACCCACUAAGUUGAAAAUUUUCAAUGACGUAUUAUUAACUCGUGGAUAAUCAUAGUCAUUAAAUGAAUUUUUUCUUUUAAAGCCAAAUUCAUAAUAUCGUUUAUGUACAAAAAAAAAAAAUGAUGAAAAAACAAAAAAAAAAUGUUAUUGUUUGUGUGAUUAUUGUUUGACUGUUUUAGAUUUAUUUAAACAAUUUUUUUGUUUCGA